UGCACUAGGAACUGUCACUUUGACAUUAUAGUUUUUAUAAGUUAAUAAUAAUGAUUCCUAAAUUUAGAUCAAAAUUUAUUAUAUUCGGAAUAAUAAUUACGAUACUAAUUGAAACGCUUACUUGUACAAUUGCAGUUUUGCCACGUAAAAGUUUAUACGAACACAUUGUGGUAAGAAGAGUUGAUUUGUACAUGACAUGGACUUCUUCAAUGGUUUUAAUUAUUGCUGUGGGUAUGUUAGGUAAUAAUGUAUUCGUCAAGACAAAAUUCAGCCCUCAUACUGGAUUAUGGAUAUUUGUUUCGUUACUGGCCGGACUUUUUCUACUAAUUCAUGUACUAACGACAAAAAUAUUUCCCGAUUUCUGGAUAAGCUUAACUUUGGUUCUUAUUGAUGAAGCAUUGAUAUUCAUUUUUGUAAUCUGCAUAUCUGAAUGUCACAGUGCUUUAGAAAAUUGGAAAAGGGAAAGAGAGAAAAUUAUUCGUGACGCAGUUCGUCCUAGUACUUCCCGUAGGUUAACGACGCAUGCUGUAUCUUUGGUGCUUUCGGAAGAGGAUAUUUCUCAUCAAAAUCUUGAUUCUGUAGAACCUUGGUUGGAAAUAGUUGGAAUUCCUGUUUCUUUGUAUAAUUGGAAUGCGGAUUAACACAAAAUAAAGGAUGUAAAGAUGAUAAUAUAUUCCAACACCAAGAAUAUGAUACAAUCCGGUCCUGGGUAAAUGCUCUUAUUUGAAAACUAUUCUAGUUGUUCUGUGUUAUUUGUAGGAAUUGUUCAAUUAAAAUAUGUUUAGUGCUUUA